AUGUUUUACCUUUUCUCGGCAGUGAUGCUUUCCAUGUCCGCUGGCCAUGACGUCAGUAUCUCCUCAGCUGGCGUCGUAUCAGGCAGCGAUUCAUCCAGCUUGCUGCAGAAGCCGGUGGUCUCCGACCAGGCCGCGGGCGGCGAAUUUCCCGAGGGCCCGGCGCCGCACGUCAUCGGCCUGCGCCGAGAAAGCGUGCCCAUCUACCGCAUGGGAAAGAUUGCCUCGUUCAAGACCUCGUACUCCGGGGUCCUGAGCGUGGGCUACCCCCCACAGGACUUUCGGGUGGUCUUCGAUACGGGCUCCGCCCACGUCAUCCUGCCCGCCGUGGAGUGCGAAUCGGAGGCUUGCCAGGCGAACAACAGGAGGCAUUAUGAUCAGACAGCAUCUAUCACGUCCCUUCCCAUCAAUGCCGACGGCAGUAUUGUCCACGAGGGCGAUCAUGGCGAGCAGGUGACCAUUGGCUUCGGCACUGGCGAGAUCACGGGGGAGUUCGCCAAGGACACGGUUUGCUUCGGCAAGGGUCAGACGCAUGAUGAGCUGCAGUACAUGGCUGACGAGAGCCCGUGUCAUCACGACCCAACAUGCCGGGAGCAGCUUUCAGAUGGCUCCCGGCUUUCGGCCAUGACCAUGGCAGUGAUGAUGGGCUACGAGCUCUUGAGCCUAGCUGCGGCCAUUCAAGAUGCUCGCAGGAUGCAACUGCAGACCCGGUGCUUGCCCGGCCUGCUUCUCGCAACUAUGUUUGGAGUGCUGGCGGCAAGCGAGCUGCUGUUCUCGCGGGCGGAUUGGACUAUUGCCCAUGUAGUUCCAGUGACCGAUGGGCUGACGCCCCAGGGCAAGCCACUGUACUCUCUGCAGUACUUGGAGUGGACAAUCAACGUGCCGAUUCUUGUGUAUUGGCAGACGGCCUCCGAGUUGCCGUGCCGACGCUUGCGGCCCUUCCUGGUUUUCGCCCUGGCGCUGCACUUCGGCGUCUACGGCGUGGUGUACCUGGCAUCUGCCACAGGCAUCUUAGACCCCCUGGGCGAGCGGAUGGCCUUUCGGGCCUUGACCUGUGGGGCCAAGAUCGCGUUUGGCGCGGCCUUCGUGUUCCUGCGUUCCAAGGAGUACCAUGAGAUGUUGGCCAACGCGCUCGAGAAGAUCAGCCGCUCCAACGCGGGCAUGGUCGCCAUCUUGCGAGGCAGCUUCGACAUGAUCCUCCCGUGCGUCCUUGCGGGCCAUCGCUGCCUCUUGCCGGCGAACCUCGAGGGCGACAUGGCGAAGCUGCAGGGCGUCCUCAAGCUGCCGGUGGCGGGCGCCAGCUUGAGCGAGCUGGUGAGCGGCGAGUACAAGGCGGCUUUCAACGCCUACUUUGAGAACGUACUCAAAGCUGAUGCCACCUGCGCUGAGAAUGAAGACUGGCGCCCAAUGACAGGUCAGCGCUGCGGCGUGGCGCAGGCUCUCUGCACCCAGUUAGGUUCAGUGCCAGUGACGCUGCACUUGUCAGUAGGGCCCCUGGCCACAGCAGACCGCCAGCGCCAGCUGCUAGUAGCAAUCCAGCUCGCCCAAACCCUGGAGACGAUCGAGUCGGAGGCGUGCAACCGGGAGUCCGAGGUCUCCACGCGUGACGGCAGCGAGAGUCUCCAGCACCGAAAGGAUGGCCGGGACAGCCUGGCGGCAACCUUGUUGGACCAGCUGGGCGGCCCGUAUGCUGAAACGGCUUCAGAAUUGGAGCCUUGCUCCCAAUCCUGGGCGACUUGGGAGAAGGAGGCCCACGAGAGCAUUCUGGCCUCCUGGGAGGGCGUGAGCGUGUCCGGCCGCGGCUACCGGCAGCGCAUGGAGUUCCACCAGGACUUCAGCGCCAUGGUGGAGGUGAUGGGCCAGCAGAUGGCCGCCAAGUACCAGGUGAACUGCGCCGCGGAGCCCAUGGAGAUGGACCUGGAGCUGCUGCCAAUGAGCAGCUGCCGCCCCCCGGUGAUCCCUUACAUCUUCAAGGUGGAAGAUGGUCGUCUGCACCUUUGCGGUCCCGGUGGGCGCCUGGAGCGGCCCACGUCCUUCGCAGGCGCCGGGCUUUGCAUCAUGGAGCGCUCCAACCAUGCACCCGCGCCGGCGGCGCCGGCGACGCCGGAUAUCCUGGAUACGGCUCAGCCCAGAGCGGACACCGACGAGAUGAAGGCUGCGCCGGAUGAGCCUUUGCCAAAUGGCCGGCUUCGUUUGAGCUUUGUGGCAGACAGCCGCUCUGCCAAGGACGGAGAGGAAGUUGCGGCCUUGAUCAAGCAGGAGAGCCUUCUUAUCCACGACUAUCAGGACCCGGACGCCGUUCUGGCACCAGCCGGCGUUGAGCUGGUUGCAGACCACAGUCCGAUGUGUGUGGAGAUGAACAUCAUCGUAGCCGUCGAAAUGUCCACCGUUCCCUUCAAGACCUUCAAGUUUGAUGGCAUUCUGGGCCUCAGCCUGGAUGGACUUGCCAUGAACAAGAACUUCAGCACCUUCGACAUGUUGGUGAGGAACGGGCUCGCUGCCCGGCCCCACUUUGGCGUGUUCCUCACCGACGGAGAGGACGUGGAGCCCAGUGAGGUGGCCUUCGGCGCUGCAGACACGCGGCGCAUGCUGGAGCCGCUGAGUUGGUCAUCGGUCUACCGACCGGACCUUGGCUACUGGGUGGUCCCCAUCCUCGCAGUUCGCGUGGAUGGCGUGGAGCUGGACUUCUGCAAGGACGGCACUUGCAGGGGCGUGGUGGACACCGGCACUUCGCACCUGGGCGUGCCAGGGCCGCAUGACAAGGAGCUGCAAGAGCUGCUGAAGGUGGAUGCGGGCGAUUUGCUGGACUGUCGCCUUGCCAAGAGCCCCAAGCUGGAGAUUGAGCUCGAGGGCAAGACCAUCGAUCUCUUUGCCUCGAGCUACAUGCGCCGGCUGCCGUUGCGCGAGGACGUGUCCGUCAGCUCUGACAAAGGAGUCACUUUGGACGAUGAGAAGACGAAGAAGCGCCAAGGUCGAAAGAAACAGGCUUUCCAUCGGCCCGGCUACUCUCUGGUCCAAGUCGGCCCGAAUUCUGCAGAGGGCGAGCUGUGCGUGAGGUCCAGCGAGCCGCUGCGCUGCCCUGCGGAGGCGGCAAACCGUCGAGAGGACAUCUAUGGAGACAAGUUUGUGGUAUACAGCAAAGGCGAUGAGAUCUGCGUGAACCGCACGGAUCAGCCUGGCGGCUGGGGCCUGGACUUGCGGUUUUGGUGCCCUGACCCGGCCACUGCGGAGAAAGAAGGCCCUGCAGAGCCAGGAGUUGAAGCCAUUUGGCUGGGACCUUUGAAGCACGGCGACCGGCGUUGCCUCAACAGCUUCGACCUCUUGGCCUGCGAAAGCACUGAGCAGCUGGAUGUGGAGGUGACGCAGCGGCAGGUGUGCGUGCAGCGGAAGGCCGGCGGUCCGGAGGAGCUGGAGGAGGUGCUGAAGUGCGCGCUCGCCAAGAAGGAUUUGCAGGAAGUGGUGAUUGGGGAGAACUUUGCAGGCGAGUCCUCGAAGUGCGUGACGCCGCCGGUGGCUGUCACCUGUGCCGCGGACGCAGGCAACCAUCGCGAGGACGGUUUUGACGACACCUUCGAGAUCUUUCCGCAGGGUGCGAAGAUUUGCGCGAAGAGGACUGACGACCAGACCGCCUGGGGGCUUCAUUUGGUGAUCCGCUGCAAGGAGAAAAUCUCCGAGCCGGAACCCCCCAGGGCGAUCGAUCGGGAGGAGGUGCAUUUUCAGCAGGGCGGCGGGAAGCCUGAGGAGAAGGAGGCGGAGGUGACGAAGACGGUGAAGAGGUACUGCAGUCCAAGGUUGAUGGCAGUGAACCUGCCACGGCCUUUGGGGCCAAAGCUCUUCAUCUUGGGGGAGCCUGUGCUUCAUCGUUACUACACGGUGUACGACUGGGAACAGAAGAGGCUGGCCAUGGAGUCCAUGGAGACGGAUGAGUUGCCGCCAGAUGAGCCCACGAUUCCUAAGAGAUCUCGCCUGAAAAAUAUCAAGUUCAGACAGCCAGGGGCGCCUCGAGCGGAUGAGGAGCCGCAAGAUGGCGGAGAGCUGAUUCCUUCGGCGGAUUUCCAGGCGAUGCUGGACCAGCUGUUGCAGCAGCACCUCCUGGAAGUGGCCGGGCGAGCCGACCGGCCUGAACCGCGGCCUGACUCGUGGCCCAGGCUGCGGCUCAAGAGCUCCAGGACCUCGAGGAUGUCGAGGAAUUCCAAGACUUCGAAGUCUUCGGAGGUGAACCUCUCCAACAACAGCGCCAACAGCUACAACUCGGAGGCCUCGGGCGCCUCCAACGGGUCAUCCUCCUCCGGGCGCAAGAGACGGCCGAGGACCCGGAAGAGCGUCAUCCCCGCGCUCCUGGAAAAUGAGAAGAGUAUGGCGGAAGUGAACGACCAGUUUGUGGCGUCCUUGAACGAAGAGGAGCCUGAGCCGGACCUGGAGCGCCUGAUGCGCAGAGGAGAUUCUGAGACGGAUGCGGAGUACCAGCAGCGGUACAGGAACUUGAGCGCUUUUGAAAAGUUGCAGGAAUGGCUGCAAUCCACCAGAUAUGAGAUGGCUGUGGCUUCCCUGCUCUGCGUCAAUGUCCUGUGGAUGGCAUUCGAGCUGCAGACAUUUGGGACGCGCAUAUCCUAUGAGCUGGGUGUUAGCGAUACCCAGAUGCCCGAUUCAGAGGCCGAAUCGUGGGCCUUGGUCUUUGCGGUGGGCGAGAAUCUGUUUACUGCGUUAUUUGGUCUGGACGUCCUGGUCCGCAUCUUUGUCCUGCGCUGCAAAUUCUUUCAGGCGUGGCUGAAUUACAUUGACAUUGCCGUGACGACAACGUCUGUGAUGGAGUUAACUCUUACCCACGCCAUGACCGUGCCGGUGAACCCCAUCCUGUUUCGCUUGCUGCGAAUCGGAAAGCUUGCGAGAGCCAUCCGGAUGGUGACCAUGAAUAGUGUCUUGGCAUCCCUCCAGCUGCUCAUCAAGUGCAUAGCAGCCAGCACGAACAUGUUGUUCUGGAGCUUUUGCUUGCUGACCUUUGUGCAGUGCGUGGCCGGGAUGAUUGCAAGUACAUUAUGUCGAGACUUUGUGGAACAUACAGCUAAUGACCUGGACCUCCGGCUGGAGGUGUUCCGGUACUACGGGACCUUCUCGCGCACCUUCCUGACAAUGUUUGAAAUUCUCUUUGCAAAUUGGGGGCCUCCAUGUCGAGUUCUGGUGGAGAACAUCAGCGAGUGGUUUUCCAUCUUCUUUCUGACGUACCGCUGCGUGCUGGGAUUUGCGGUCCUCAAUGUCGUCAACGCUGUUUUCGUGCAGCAGACAAUGAAGACUGCGAGCUCUGAUGAAGAGCUGGCCUUCAAGCAGAAGGAGAGGGACGUGGCGCUUUACACGAGGAAAGUAAAGAAGCUGUUCCAGACCAUGGACUCUUCUGGUGAUGGUACCAUCAACCUUCAAGAGUUCUCAAAGCUGGUGAACUCGCCCAUGCUGAAAUUUUGGAUGGGUCAGCUGGAGCUUGAGUACCACGACUUGCUCAGCCUCUUCGAAUUUUUGGACAACGGUGACGGAGAGAUUACGCUGAUGGAGUUCAUCGAUGGUGCCGGUCGCCUGAAAGGAGGCGCUAAGGCCCUGGACAUUUGGCGCCUGGAGACCAAACUGGAGGUGCUAUUCAAUGAGGUGCUCGCCAAAUUGCAUGGCGACAACGACAAGAAUGUGCAGGCAGUCUUUGAAAACUCUGAGUUCCGGCACAUCAAACCUACUGCCGCCCAGCGAUCCUCAAGCUGCACUCCUGAGCCUGGCCAAGCUGCCGAGAGCGUUAUAGAGUAA